UUCUUGUGUCUUUGUAUACUUAGAGGAACAAAUUUAUUUACACACACACACACACACACACACACACACACACACACACACACACACACACACACACACACACACACACACACACACACACAUAUGUGUAUAUAUAUAUAUAUUUUUUUUUUCAUUUACUGCCCGUGGCAGCUUUGCGCAAGUGGUGCUCGCUGCAGAACCACAAAGGCGGAGCUGCACCAGAAGGUGGAGCUGCACCAGAGUCAGCCCCGCCCAUUCCAGAAUCAGCCCCGCCCAUUCCAUAAGAGUCAGUCCAAUUCCUUCUAGUUGUCAGACUUGAUAGCAUUCUGGAACCAAAGAGGGUGUUAUAGCUAAAAAAUUGAGGACGGAGUUGAGAAGUUAAUUGAACAGUUUUUGUAAAGGUUCCAUAUAAUUAAAAAUCAAACUUUUGGAACUUUUAAUCAUGUUAUAUUGUCAUUUCCUCAUAAGAAACACGCCAAAGCCAUUUUUGGCCUCAUUCAUGCAUUUUCUUCCCAUCUCAGCUUCAAUUUGGUCUCCUCCCCCGAAGAGGGUCUGGUCUUGCUUCUCAAAUCUGGAUAUUCUGUGAAUUUUCUGACAAAUUAUUUCUUAAAUGACUUCUUCUGAGACACCGCCGGAAAAAUCAUACAUACCAUCUACAAAGACACACCGGAUAGGACAAUCAAAUGUAACGCCACAUGACCUUUUUAAGAUGUGGUGGUGUAGUGGUUAUAGAGUCAAGUUGACAUGCAGUUUUGCGCAGGUUCGCCUCCCACUAGCAGAAAUAUUAGGUAGCUUACAACCCCUUUUCCUCAUUUCUAGCUACACUUGCCAGUACUAUGUUUACAACAAUUUACUGGUAUACCGUUUAACAUAUAAUGACUAAUGUGUUUAUUUAUUUAUUUGUUUAUUUAGCCAGUGUGAGUCCAUUUGUGAGCAGAGUUUCAACUAAAAUACUGUUUAGGAACGACCAAAUUCAAAGAACUUUUAGAGACAUAAAUAUUUUGCUGAAAAUAAACAUUACAACUAAAAUAUAAACAAAUUAAAAUGUUUCAGCUGGCUAAAUGGAUUGUUGCCGACCUCACCGAGAAUCGAACCAGCACCAGCUCAGGGGAAAGCAAAACUUAAGUUAAACGAUCUCGCCACUGGACUACCAGAGCACGUACGUAAGCCACAGAUGCUGUUGUACACCACCUUUCUUGGAGCGGCUGUGGGUAGAUAUUCGUUAAAAGAAACCUUUUCAUUUCGAGAUAUAUUCAGGCUUUGUCAUGUAGCAAGUUAUAUUUAUCUUGUUUAAUUGAAGCAUAGAACAUAGCAUUAACGACUGUAAACUAGUAACAGCCGUAAUUCAUGUGGGUCAGGUUAGUUUGCGAUAAAGUUGGAAAAACAAAAACGGAAGUCAGUGGGCUAGACUGAGUUUGCGUGAAUGGGCGGGGCUGACUCUGGUGCAGCUCCACCUUAUGGUGCAGCUCCGCCUUUGUAGGUCUGCAGCGAGCACCCUCUCGCUUUGCGUGGUAGCCAGGAUCUGAAACGUCAGCGUAGUUUGCGGUACAAGAGCGCCCUCUGGCGAUAAUUACGCCGAACUUUUGAGAAGGCUGUUACCUUGGAAACCAAACCAAACUAACCUUUGUUUUUAAUCCACCGAUUCAGUACCGUUCUUCUGCACUGGAAAUCGUUUACUGUAGUUUUUCCAAUGGCUCAUGCACGACGAUCAAGAUCUUUGAAGGGAAACUGGUUUGAAGACCGAGUCUUGGAUGAGGAUAGUAGGAAAGAUUAUUUAGAGAAGAAGGAGAGAGGUGAACUUCUUUCUCAACAAAUAGACCUCCUCAAAUGGAACAUUUUACAACCGGUGAAUCUCUUGGUGACAAAAGAUGGAGAGGUGCAUUUUGGGGAUGUUGUGAUGCUGAUGAACAAGGGAGGAGAACAUAGGAGCCGCAGCAUUCUCAGCAUUAAUGCUAAUCUUGAGAGUUUAAUAAAGAACCCAUCACCAGCCAUUAAAUCUCCAUGUGGAGUCAGUGCAGGAAGAGUUAUUCAACCCAGCACUCGCAAUGCUUUUAUUGUCACAAGUGUUGAUGGCAGUGCUGAAGGAUCGACUCUUCGUUUUGAGCAAAAAUUUGCCCUAAGAGCGACAAGUGGUUUUGCCAGAGGACUUUAUUUGACAAGUGCUCUGAAAAACUUCCAAAAGUUUGCAGAAAAGUCGGGCCUCCAGGCCGUGUACCUGAAUGACAGCCACAGCCCUCUGUCAUGGUGGAGGAUCGUGCACUUUGACCCCGAGGAGAGACUUGAAUACAAGGAUCAGCCAGUUCCUGCUGAUGAGAAAGUGCUUCUCUUUCACUGUUGGACUAACAAAGCUCUAGCUGUUAUGGAAGAUCAAGUAAUUUGGACAAUAUACGGUAAUGAGUAUGAGGUGACGGCUCACACGUUCCUGGACUCCCACAAAGUUGAACGGGACAACAACCACUGGAUCCUGUGCACCAAAGUCCCUCCUGAAGACGAGCGUGCACCCUCUGACGCCCUCGCCAUCAACAUCCACAACCAGGAACUCACACAGCCACAUUCAGGCACCCCAAACCAAUAUCUUCAACAAUAAUUUUACAUGUGCAACGUAACCCAAACCUUUUCACAUUUUAACAAAGAUUCAGUCAUUCAAGAUUUUUUUUUUUUUG